CGCGCGACGCUCGCGACGUCCGCGGGAGGAGCUGGGCAGAUCGUGGCCGACUGGCAUGAGGGAAGAGUGUGCGAGAGGAAUGGAAACGACGGGAGGAAAAGGGACAAACCGGAGGAAUAGUGCCUCCUCAAAACGAGAGGGAGAAAAUUCAGGAUCGGUGAGGGGCGUGAGCCUAAGGCUCGGAUACCAUGUGAGAAAACGUGACCUUAGAAAGUUGAUUAGGGAGGAGAGCACAAGGCCUUAUAUAGGAAUGGUGGGAGGGGGUUUCCCACCAAUGAGGUUGACUGACUUAUUGGUAACCCCAAUAAUGUUGGCCAGAGUGGCCAGAGUUACUGUGGGUGGCCAAGAAUCGGGAACUCAACCAAUUGAGGGCCAAUCAUGGCAAGGAUGAGAACCCAACUUUGGGAUCCCAGCCCCAACGAGGGUAACUAUACCCAAGCUAUAAUACGAUGCUUAUAACUAGCCAAGACUAAUUAGCUCUGUAGGCUAAAAUAAUAGACAAUAUAUUCUAACAAGCAGCACAUGUCCACUUGAAGGACUGCGGUGGCUUCAUACCCUGAUGGACUGGACGGCGAAGCUGAGCGACUUUGGCAUGUGCAAGGAGCAGGACGCGGGCAAGUCGCACGUGUCCACUCGGGUCAUGGGCACCAUGGGGUACCUCGACCCCGACUACAUGGAGACAGGGCUGCUGCGGCAGAGCUCGGACGUGUACGCGUUUGGGGUGUUCCUGCUGGAGCUCAUCACGGGCAAGCGCGCCGUGUCCGACACGGGGCAGCCGCUCACCAGCUGGGUCUUCCCCCUGCUGGACCAGAAGAAGCCUGAGAUCGACCUGCUCAUCGACAGCGCGCUGGGCAGCCGGUUUGACCGCGACAGCGCGCUCAAGAUCGCGGUGAUCGCCAAGUUCUGCAUCGGCGACGAGGAGCUGCGCCCCGAGAUGGCUGCCGUCGUUGAGAGGCUCAAGAAGCUCGUGCCGCCCUGACCACGGGCGCUGGGGAUGGCCCUGCGAGGCGCGUUGGCAUGGAAAUGCUGUGAUGUGAAUGGUGGUGUAAUAGGAGAUGUUGAAAAUGGUGUCAACACUAGAAACACUCUUACCGUAUUCUCCCGGAUACAGUACCAGCCGGAAUUAAGCUCCCAUCCCAUGGGUGGCUUGAGCGGGUAUGGGUGUUAAAUUAAACUGGAUCUAGUUACUGUCAAACAUAUAUUGUAUGCAUGCCCCCAAAUUGGUUUUGGGGGUGUUUGAUUCAUCAGACU